AUGGAUAAAAGAAAUAAUAAUAACAAUAAUAAUGACCAAGAAAUUGAUAAUAAUAUUAUUUUAAAAUAUAAUGAAAUUCCAUUAAAAUCAUUUUCAGAUCAUCCUUCAAAUCAAUGGAGAGAAUUUACUAUAGAGGUACCAAACUCAGCUAGUAAUAAUAGUUUUUAUAGAGAUGAAGUCACAAAGAAGUUUAGUUCAACUCCAUACAGAUCAGGUGGUUUUAAUUUUAAGAAAUCAUCAUUAACCAAUGGUAGAUUCAUAGUUUGGAGAGUAAUUAACAAUGGUUCAGUAUUAGAGUUAUCCGAGCAUUAUUUACAUCAUUCAUUAGAAGGAAAUCAAAUCAGAGUCCAUUUCAUUAAUUCAAGUAUAAUUGGUGAUAUAUUCAUUCAAGAGUUUAACGAAUAUGUGGUGAUUAUGUUUACAACUUUAUCAAAAUCAAUUUAUCGUUUUAUAUUACCACAUCCAAAUGUUGUUGAAUAUUCAGAUCCAAGUGUUGGAAAUAAAAGAAAAACAUCAACCGAAGAUAUUAGAGUUAAUCACCAAUCACAACAAAAUAGAAAUUUCAAAUCAAUUUUUUCAAAUUUAAAUAACUCUUCUUUAGAUAAUCAAUGGUCGAGAGUAAGAUCAGUAGUACCAGAUUCAUUUGAUAUGACUGUUAUUAGAUAUUUUUCACCAACCAAAUUAAUUAUAGGUUCAUCAAGCUCGGGAAGUGUUUUUAUAGAAUUAAGCGAUGUUAGACAAGGUGGUGAAAUUUCUUUAAAGAGAUUCGACUGUAAAGAAAACCAAGGCUUCUUUAGUUGGAAAUGGGGUGAAAAACAAGAAUAUGUUCAAGAUAUUCAAUUAUUUAAUUAUAAUAGUGGUACCAAUAGUUGGCCAUUGGCUUUUAUUUUACAAAAUAAUUCAAAACUUCGUGUUUGGUCGGCUAAUGAAAAAAGAUUUUUAAAUGACUUAACAAUUUACCCAGAAUCAUGGAGCAACAACGAACAAUUACAAUCACAACAACAACAAAAUUCACAACAAUCACAAUCAUCUGACCAAUCAGACCAACAACAACAACAAUUCAUUUUAUCAACACAUAAAAGAUUUAAAAUUUAUCCAAAAUCAAAUAAUUCAUUUUUAAUGAUAGUUUUCUUUGAACUAGAAUCUGAAUCACAUUUCCAAUUUUAUUCAGGUUCAUUAGAAAACUUCAAUGGUUCAAUUAUUAUUCAAUAUAAACAAGAAAGAUUUUCAUUUAUUAAAGCAAAGGGAUUAAUCGAUUUUAAUAUCCACAAUGGUUAUUUAUAUUCACUAUGGAAUCAAGAAAAUAAUGAUAAUGAAGAAAAUGAUGGUGAUAAUACUAUGGAUCAAGAUGAUGAAGCAGAUGGCAGUAGAAAUAAAACCAAUGAAAAGAUAUUAUCAUUAAAGCAUAUUUACAUUGGUAAUCCAGAAUCUGAAAAUGUAAAUAUGGAAUUUAAUCAAUUCUUCAACUCACAAAUGUCAAAUAAUAUCGAUAAGCUUUAUGAAUCAACUCAACUUUUCAAAGGAGAAUCAGACCAAUCAUUUUAUUUCGAUCAAUUAUUUAACCGUAGUUUAUUCUCGCCCAUCGCAAUUGAAACAGCCUUAAAAGAAUAUCGUGGUCAAAUAGUCGACGCUGCAUCAAAUAAUGAUAUGGCUAUAAAUGAUGACUAUAAUUCAUUAGAAACAUUAGUAGUAAACACUGUAAAUCAAGAAGAUCUUAGAUACAACUCAAAAGAUCAAUGGUCCAAUUUCUAUAGACUUUGUGUAAAAUAUCAAAAAUCGAUUUGUUUAACUGGUUCUGGUUUGUUUAUAGAAUCAUCUUCAUCUAUCAUCUUUUUAAUUAGAUCAAAUCAAUUAUCAAUUAUGAAGCCAAUGUCAAAAUUGGAGUGUUUCUUUUCAAAGAGUCUUUCAAAUAACAGCCAAGUUUACGAUGAUGAAGAAGGUCAGAAUGAAUCUGAUGAACUUUUUAACCAAAUUGUAGAUCAAUCUUUUGGUUCCAACAAACCAGUCUUGGUUCACGAUCUAUUAUACUUGAUGAAAUGCUGCUCCUAUAUUAACAGUUAUGUUCAAGAUAAUUUCAGAUCAUUUGAAUAUGAAUUAUCACAUAGUGCCAUCAAUUUCGCUCUUUUAGGUGAAGCCGAAAAAUUAAUUACUGUAUGGGAAAACCAUGAAAACUUUAGUGCAGGUCUUAUUAAAUUAUUCCAAUCCAUUCAAGAACCAUUCAACUCUAUAGAAAAAUUAUUAGAAAAGUUUAAUGAGGAAUUCAAGAAUCACAACAACAUGACUAUUCCAUUACAAUCACAAGUUUCCGCUAGAAAUACUGACAAAGCUUGGGCUGGAGAAUUAUUUUCAGAUAUAUUAACCAAUAGUUUCCAACAAUCUAUAGAAAUGAAAUUCAAUGUACUUUCAGGACUUUCAUUAUUAAUAGCCUGUAUUUCACAUCUUAGAACUCAAUUAAAUUUAGACCCACAAGUAGUUUUUGAUAUUGAAAAAGAUUCAUUACCACAAGCCUUCAAAUUAUUAUCAAACUAUUAUAUUUUAAAUUGGUUUAACAGACAAAAUUAUAUAAAAUCAAUAGAUAACACAGAAUUUGAUAAAAUUUAUUUAAAUGAACAACAACAACAAUCAUCUUCAUCACAAAAGGAUCAAGAUAAAAGUAGUAGUUUUAUAGUUUUAAAAAAUACAAAUAUUUUAUCAAUUUUAAUUAAUAAUCAUUUAAAUCAAUUUACUUCAAAAUUAACAUUCUUUGAUAAUAUUGAAUGUCAAAUUUCAAAAUUAUUAUGUGUCUUGGUUCCACGUAAUGAUAUAUUCUCAUUAUGUUGUUAUUUAGUUGAAAAGAAUCAAUAUAAACAUUUAAAUGAAAUAUUAAAAAUUAUUUUUAAUAAUCAAGUCAAUGAAAAUAUAGCACCAUUUUAUUAUUUAAUGGGUAUUUGCAAUGCACAUUUUUCCAAAUUUAACGAAGCAUAUCAAUGCUUAAUCAAAGCAACCGAAUCAAUUGAAAAUGAAAAUCCAGAAAUGUUAAGAAUUUGUUCAAUUUCUAGAGAUGAAUUAAUUUGUAAUUUAUUUGUUGAUAUAUCAAAAUUUGAUCAAAUGUAUACCAAAGAAGUAUUAAUUAGUAACUAUUAUUUCAAGUGUAUCAAAAUAUUUGAAACCCGUGGCCAACCAGAGUUAAUUAUUCAAAUUAGUUUAUUUGCUGUAGAACACUUAAAUAGAAAUAAAGAAGAUUUUAUAGAUAUUGACUACACAAAGAAAUUAGAAUCUUUAUAUUCAUUAAUCUUUAAAUACUCGUUAAAGAUUAAUAAAUAUGAUUUAGCCUUCACCGCCGCCACACAAAAUCCAAACAAAGAGAUCUCUAAUGAAAAUAAAAGAAGAUUAAUAUUGACACUCUGUGAAAAUGCCGAAAUCAAAGAUCUCUGUACUCUUCCAUUCUCUCAAAAAGAUAUUGAAGAUCAUUUAUUGGUUUUAGCCUCAAGUCAAGAUUUAAAUAAGAAACCAGACUACCAUACCAUUCUUUAUGCCUAUUAUAUUAGUAGAUGCAACUACCGUAAUGCUGCCGUGGUUUUCUAUGAACGUUCCCUUAGAAUCGAUAUCGAAGGCCUUGGUAAAUCUCGUGGUAAAUCAAUUUAUGAUCAACAAAAACUUUUAGAUGCCAAAUUAGAAUUACUCUCAACAACUAUAAAUUCCUUAAAACUUUUAGAUUCAUACAACCAAUGGAUUGAAGUCGACAGCUCAUUAGUUAAUAAAUCAAAUAUUGGCACAAAUAAACAACUUAACUAUGCCAAGCAACAAACAGGUUUAGAAUCAAAAGAUAUUUUUACAUUGGAUGCAAUCGAGAAACACUAUUCAUACUAUUUAGCUUGUAAACACCUUUCUCAAGUAGACAGUCAAGUCAAUUGCGAUUUUGUUUUAUCACCACAUCAGCUUUUAGAAGAAUUGAUUGGUCAUUCAUUAUACGAUAUAGCUUUCUCUUUAGCAAUUUCCCACGAAUUUAAUUUAGGUGUUAUCUUUGAAUCAUUUGCUUUGAAUUGUGUUCAACUUCAACUUAACCCACAAUCAAAUCCUUUUGUUGUCCCCAAAUUUGGUAUUGGUUUCGAUAUUUCAAAGUAUUACCAUUAUAAUGACAAUAUUAAAGUUGCUUGGAAGGUAUUAGAAGAUUAUUUAGAACGUUAUGAUACCGAUGCCGAUUUAGAUUGUUUACCACCAUCAAUUGUCAAUGAAAACUCACAAAAACAAAGUCAACAAGAACUUGUUGCAAAUAAUCAACAAAAACCAAUAAAGAUGGUUGGUCUAGUCCAAGAAGGUAGUUUAGUAGAUAGAGAAAGCAAUGGUUGUUCAUUCCAUAUUGUAGAUACUAAGAACUUUUAUCUCGAUGUUCAAUACAAUCAAAGAGUACCACCAUUCUUUAAAGAAGGAGAACAAGUUAUUGUUAUUGGAAAAAUGGAGGGUGGUAAAUUUAUUGCCGAUAAAGUUUUAGCCAAAAAGGGUCAAGUUAGAUAUCAUGAAUCUGUUGCUGAAACUAUUCUUUUUGAAGGUUCUUUAGAUUUACCAAGUUGGUUAAUUCAAUGGUUCAAUAACGGUAGACAAGAGAUUCUUUUCAAACUUUAUUUCAAAUAUAGUCGUCUUUUAGAAGCUUCAAAUACUUUAAUUAGUUUAUUUAAUCAAGCAACUAUUCAAUUAAAUAAUAUAAAUAAUAAUAAUAAUAAUAAUAAUAAUAAGACAGUAACAUUUAACAUUCCAUAUGAUCUUAUAGAUCGUUUCCUCAUCGAAUCCAAAAAAAUAUUAAAAUCAAAUGUUAUUAACGACAAAGAAAAACAACCAUUAGAUGAUUCAAUUAAAUCUUUAGAACAAAUAAUUAUUAAUUAUUUAUCAAAAUUAAAUUAA